UGCCGGUUCCGCCGCGCUCCAGGUAUCUUUUUCUGAACAAAAGCUGCCUCAUCGUAUGUUUCAAGGAUGGCUCUUCCUAUCAUUGUAAAAUGGGGUGGACAGGAAUAUUCAGUGACCACACUUUCAGAAGAUGAUACUGUGCUAGAUCUCAAACAGUUUCUCAAGACCCUUACGGGAGUGCUACCAGAACGCCAGAAGUUACUUGGACUCAAAGGCAAACCUGCAGAAAAUGAUGUUAAGCUUGGAGCUCUCAAACUGAAACCAAAUACUAAAAUCAUGAUGAUGGGAACUCGUGAGGAGAGCUUGGAAGAUGUCUUAGGUCCACCUCCUGACAAUGAUGAUGUUAUUAACAACUUUGAUAUUGAAGAUGAAGUAGUUGAAGUAGAAAAUAGGGAGGAAAACCUACUGAAAAUUUCCCGCAGAGUAAAAGAGUACAAAGUGGAAAUUUUGAAUCCUCCCAGGGAAGGGAAAAAACUUUUGGUACUAGAUGUUGAUUAUACAUUAUUUGACCAUAGGUCUUGUGCAGAGACUGGGGUAGAAUUAAUGCGGCCAUAUCUUCAUGAAUUCCUAACAUUUGCAUAUGAGGAUUAGGACAUUGUUAUUUGGUCUGCAACAAAUAUGAAGUGGAUUGAAGCUAAAAUGAAAGAGCUGGGAGUGAGUACAAAUGCAAAUUACAAGGUUACCUUCAUGUUGGACAGUGCUGCUAUGAUAAUAGUGCACACUCCAAGGAGAGGAUUGACAGAUGUAAAGCCUCUUGGUGUUAUAUGGGGAAAGUUUUCAGAGUUUUACAGCAAAAAAAACACCAUCAUGUUUGAUGACAUAGGAAGAAAUUUUCUAAUGAACGCACAGAAUGGACUAAAGAUAAGACCUUUUAUGAAAGCACACCUAAAUCGAGAUAAAGACAAAGAACUUUUAAAAUUAACCCAGUACCUCAAGGAAAUAGCAAAGUUAGAUGACUUUUUGGACCUAAAUCACAAAUAUUGGGAAAGGUAUCUCUCAAAGAAGCAAGGACAGUAGUUACAAGCUAUACUGGCAGUUAUUGAAGAUACUUGAGAUCCAUGAACUUCUUUUUGCUUUUAUGCUAAAGAUCAUUAUGAUAGUGCUGGACACUGCAGCAAAUAUCAGACUGCUUAUACUUGGUCUUCCAGUUUUUUGUAAAUUUAGUUUUAUAUUUUUUGAAGAUCAUAGC